UUUAAUAUUGAAAUGUAAUAUGUUCGUUUUAGGUCUGAUGGAACAGAGUGAAGUGGAGGAGAAACUCCAUCAGUUUCAGAAACCUCAACAAAACACUAAAAGAAGAGGAGAGAAAUGUCUUUGCAUCUGCUCUGAGUGUGGAAAGAGCUUCACAACUAAAUCAAGCUUGAAGAAUCAUAUGAGAAUCCACACCGGAGAGAAACCCUUCACAUGCCGUCAGUGUGGAAAGAGCUUCACAUGGGAAACUAGUCUCAAAACUCAUCUGCUGUUUCACUCAGGAAAAAGAUCAUUUCGCUGUGAUCAGUGUGACAAGACAUUUAUUUUGAAAGCGGAACUGAAAAGACACAUAAAAAUUCAUGCAGAUGAGAAGCCUCAUGUGUGUUCUGUUUGUGGAAAGAGUUUUUCACAACUCCAAUAUUUAAAAAUUCACCAUAGUAUUCAUACUGGUGUGAGACCUCAUGUGUGCUUGGACUGUGGGAAAAACUUCACUAGAUCCAGUGACUUAAAAUCACACCAGAGAGUUCACACUGGAGAGAAACCGUACACGUGCUCACACUGUGGACAGAGUUUCUCUCAUUCAUCAUCCUUGAAAGAUCAUGAGAGAAUUCACACUGGAGAGAAACCGCACCAGUGCUCUUUAUGUGGCAAGAGUUUCAGCCAAUUAUCUGGUCUACGAACUCAUGUAAAAAAGCAUUGCCCAAAGUUGUGUAAGUGAGCAAAGUUCACAUUCAGAUCCAUCACUUGAAAGAAAAUUAUUUGAUAUUCAGAUUUGGCAAAAGGUGGAAUUUCAACAGAAUGACUUCAUUUAAAGGGCACCUAUUAUGCAAAAUUCACUUUUACAUGGUGUUUGAACAUAAAUGUGUGUCGGCAGUGUGUGUACACAACCACCCUAUAAUGGUAAAAAUCCACCCACUCCUUUUUUUAAUCCCCAUAAAUCAUAAGCAGUGUUUCAGAACAAGCCAUUUUUAGAUUUUGUAAUGUCACACUACAUUAUUAUAGGGUCUAUU